CUGCAGUUGGACCGCCUAGGGCGUCCCGAGGACGCUGUUCGUGUAGUCCGCGAAACUGGAAGUGUGGAAGCGGCCAAAAUUGUAGCGCAUUAUUUCACUCGGAUUGGAGAUCACGCUUCUGCCAUUCAAUUCUUGGUGUUGUCACGCUGUCCUGAGGCAGCCUUUAGGCUGGCCCAGAAACACCGCAAAAUGGAGUUGUACGCCGAAGCGCUUGGUAAAUUGACCUAUUUUUCUAAACAAAUUUAG